AUGACUCACGUUCAGAUUAACAGUAUGUUAUCUGUUCUUAGAGAACAUAAGUUUCAUCAGCAGUUACCGAAAGAUGCUCGAACUCUGUUAAAGACUCCUACAAAGUGCACAGAUAUAAAGGUUCUCAAUCCUGGCCAUUAUCUUCAUAUUGGUGUUACUAAAAACAUUAUUAUGAAAUUAAAAAACAUACCAAUCAGUGACGAAAUACCUCGUAUAUUACUUGUAGACUUUUCUACCGAUGGUGCUAAUAUUUAUAAUAAUGUUCGUUGCGACGUGUGGCCGAUACAAUUCCGAAUAAUAAAUAUAACCGAUAAAAGCCCAAUGAUAGCAGGCCUUUAUCAAGGAAAAAAACAACCUGCUGCCCAAAAUGCAAAAUUCGUGGAGAACGUCAUAAGAACGACCGUACCCAUGUGUAUAAAGGAAUAGGCUACGCUCUUAGGACCGAUCAAGAAUUCAUUUCUUUUCAGAAUAAUUCUGGGAAUAAUGACGACGGACAUUAUAAUGGGAUUUCGACUCUCUACAAUUUACCUAUGGGAUUAGUGAGUCAAGUAGUAAUUGAUUAUAUGCAUGGAGUGUGUAUUGGAGUCGCUAAGAAAACUGUAGUGGAUGCGUGGAUUGAAGGAAAACACAAGACAAGACCAUUAAAUGUAGAAACAAAAAACUGUAUUUCUGAACGUUUGUUAACAAUAGCUACCCAAUGCCCAAAAGAAUUUGCACGUCGUCCACGAGGUUUAAAUGACUGUCAUCGAUUUAAAGCAACAGAAUAUCGUCAAUUUUUAUUGUAUACA